UAUAAUAAUUGAAGAGACGGAAGAUGAUUGAUCCUGUGUCUGUGUUUAUUGAAUUGAAUUGAGAAGAUGUCGUCAACCCCAUUAGAGAGGUACCAAAAACUUGCCAUAACAGAUUCUCUAUCUAAAAACUACAGAUACCCAAUUGCCUGCAAAGAACUAAGCUUCAUUCUUAGAGAAGCUUUCAAUCAAUUCCCAAAGAUUUUGCAAUCCAUCGUCUUCCAAGAUACUCUCUCUGCCUUCCGUCUCCUCCCACAAAUGCAGACUCAGAGUGCUGUUUCAGCAGUCCAUUUACUCCUUCAAAGCGUAGAAGCGGCACUGCCGAAACAGAAAAGGAAUAUGGCUGUAACAGAAUUUAAACAGGCAAUGGUCGCUCAUAAGAGGCGCUCUAAAGCUCACCAGGUACAGAAAGGUUCUCUCCAAAUGCCACAAGAUAUUCUUAUACACGUUUUCAGUUUUCUAGAUAUGCAAUCAUUGGUCUCGGCGGGGAUAGUCUGCUGGUCAUGGAACAUGGCUGCAAAUGAUAACCGUCUGUGGGAGUUGCAGUAUGUUGUGCUCUAUAGUGGUGCUGAUAAACAGCAACCUAUGAGACUGGAUGAAGACAGAAAUAAUAAUCUUUUACAGAAACCUGUGGAUACUAGAACGGUUACUGACUGGAAAGAGGCUGUUAAAGGAGCAUACACCGGAGCAUUAUCCAAGAAAUUAACAACCAACCGAGGAUAUUGUGAACACUGCAAAGCUAUAGUUUGGUUAAACAACUCAAAAUGCCUCAAUGUACAUGGAAGAAUGAUAUCUGAAAUUCAUGAUAUCAAACCCGUAACGUCAUUCCAGGUUGUGGAAUAUCUUCUAGAUGAUUCUCUAUCCAUAACAUCUUCCUCAGACAGUGACAGCGAUUCAGAAGGAGGAUCGGUUUCUAGGUUAUGGGCAUAUCCCAAGCAUUUAAGAAAUUACUAGGGAGACAGCUUUUGCAUUGAAUCAAAUCUAUAUAUGGUCAUUCUGUUCUUGUAUGAUAUUUUAGGUAGCCUGCAAAUUUUAUCUUUCCAACAUCUAGCUGGUGUCCUUCACUGAGAAAAUAGCUUAUUGCAAUCUUUGGCAUCACAGGAAUUAGGUUAUUGUCAUUUUAGAAGUUUAUAUUUAUUUGAUUUGUUUGUCAUGUUUUUUUUAUGACAAAUGUUGAUAAAUUAGUUGUUAGAAAUGUUAGUGAAGAAGUUGAACCCACAACUCCUUAUCUCUCCAAUCUGUUCCUUUUCCCAAACCACUUAAUCACUUUUAAUUUUUGAUUUUA